AUAUUUUUGCUCAGUGUAGUUACCCUGUACCUGCUAAUGUAGCACCACUGAAUGUAAAUAGUGACACUUUUUGAUUAGUGUAUGUUUUUCAACUAUCAUCUUUCUUGAAAAAUAGGACAGCAAGACACCAUUUGGUAUCAAACUCUUUAGCACAGAACAUAGAGGGGGAGGGUGAAACCCACUUGACUGGUGUCAUCUGCUAGUGAGUGCUGCCCCUCUGGCCCCCUAUACAGUGUGUUGCUGUCAUGUGGAGUGGGCUGCAGGACCACCAGGUAGUGACAGCUGACAACAGGACAAUACGAGCCCAUUGAAGCUAAGGGUUUGUGUAAUGAAGGUUCCUUUAAAACUGAUUGUCUAGAGGAUCUGCAGAUAAAACAGUGGCUGGAAGGAGGGAAGGAAGGAAUCUAGCUGUCCUCAACACAAGGUAGUCUUAUAGGAUAAUUCAAAAGAGAAUUAGACAGUGCCGUAGGAAAGUGCUGGCAAAUGAGGUCUUGGUCCCAGUGCAGACUGAAGCAGGGUGAAUGAUGUAUGGACUGCUGUGUGAGUCUCUGCAUGACUUCAUCAAGGAGUCGUAUGGAGAUGAUGUGUGGAAACUGGUCAGAGAGAGGGCCGAUGUCAGGCUACACUCCUUUGUCACCCACCAGGUGUACAGUGAAAGUGUCAUCCCGCGUAUUGCUAAGGCAGCCAGCGGAGUGACAGGAACCCCCUACAACGAGCUCAUGAACUCCUGGGGGGUCUAUUUCCUGGGCUUCGUAGGGAAGUACGGUUACGACAGGAUCCUCAAGGUGUUGGGUCGUCACGUGCGUGACUUUGUGAACGGGCUGGAUAAUCUCCACGAGUACCUGCGCUUCAGCUACCCCAAGGUCCAGCCCCCUACCUUCUUCUGUCAGGAGGAAUCAGCUACCGGAGUCACCCUCCACUACAGGAGUAAGCGCAAGGGUUACCUCCACUACGCCAUGGGCCAGCUGAGACAGAUGGGGAAACAGUUCUAUGACACAGAUAUCCACGUGGAGGUGCUGUCUGAACAACUGGUGGGAGACUACUCACACGUCACCAUGAGGCUGAACUUUGACAACUCCGCCUACCGUUACAUCAUGAAGGAGGACGAGGAGGAGCAGGAGAUUCUGCCCAUCACCAGUGACUUCUUCUUCGAAGUCUUCCCCUUCAACAUCGUUUUCAGACAGGACAUGGUGGUGCACAACGUGGGCUCUGGCCUGGCCACAGUCUUCCCUGACCUGGAUGGGAAAAAGAUCAAUGAUGCCUUCCUGCUGGCGCGCCCCCUGGUGGAGUUUACCUGGAACAUGAUCAUCUCCCACCCCAACAACCUGUUUGAGAUAAUGUCCAAGGAGCCAGUGAAGAGAGAGAGGAACCUUCAUAACAGAGUCCAAAAUUCGGACUAUGAGAAUGCUAACCGUACAGCUGACGUAGACGUGGAGCUCAUGGCCUUCCAGUCCAUCAUCGGCGAUGACUACAAAGAUGGCAACAGUGCUAAUGCUAUGGAGAGCUGGGGUGAUGGCAGUCGCUGUCUGAAACUGAAGGGACAGAUGAGAUACAUGCCUGAGUGGGAGUCCAUCAUCUUUCUGGGAACCCCUGUGAUGGAGAGUCUGAGCGCCAUGUUUAAAACCGGUCUCUAUAUCAACGACCUGAGUAUGCAUGACUCCAGUAGAGACCUGGUACUGGCAGGAACCCAGCAGUCAGAGGAACUCAAGAGAGCUCUCAUACAGGAACAGAAGAAGUCCAGUAAACUGGAGGAGAGUAUGAAGAUGCUAGACUAUGAGAUGAAGAAGACAGAUGAUCUGCUCUACAGGAUGAUCCCUAAACCCGUGGCCAAGAGACUACGCAAGGGAGAGCCUGCCGUCAACACCUGUGAGGUGUUUCCAGACGUGACCAUCCUGUUCAGUGAUGUGGUGGGCUUCACCCGUAUCUGCAGCCACAUCACACCCAUGCAGGUGGUCUCCAUGCUCAACACCAUGUACACACUCUUCGACACACUCAGCGAGAAGCACCGUGUCUUCAAGGUUGAGACCAUAGGUGAUGCAUACAUGGUGGUGGCGGGGGCUCCAGAGAAGACUAAAUACCACGCCCACAACAUCUGCGACAUGGCCCUGGACAUGGUGCGCUCCAUAGACCACCUCAAAGACCCCUCCAAUGGCAACAACAUACAGAUCAGAGUGGGGAUCCACUCUGGCAUGGUGGUGGCCGGGGUGGUGGGCCAUAAGAUGCCACGCUACGGUCUUCAUGGCGACACAGUCCACACCGCAUCAGCCAUGGAGAGCAACGGCAAGGAGAUGCACAUCCAGCUCAGCAGCGCUACCUAUGAGCACCUGAAGGGAAGUCACUUCAUCUUUGAAAGGAGAGGCACUAUCACCAUCAAGGGUAAUGUAGAGAUAGAGACAUACUGGCUGAAGGGAAAGAGGGAUAAGGAUGGGAAUGCCCAGGCUGCCUGUCCCCAGUUUGAGACCCAGACCAUCAGCAAGGCCAUCAGUAAGGCUACUAUCUCAGCCCCUGAAACCAGCGGAGACCAAGACAGACUGGUGUUCCCGUCGGUGGCAAGGGAGGAUGAGGAUGAUGUGAAGUCCAUACGUUCCCACCGUAUCAAGAUGGAUAUCUCGGGCCAUCACUCCCUGGUGGAGUCUCUGGAGGAAUGCCGUGCUGAGGAGAUGUCUGUCAGCAAGGUGAGAAGGUCUCACUAUAAGGAUGCCCUCCACCAUAACAACGGUCUACAGGACAGUCACAUUGAGCUAGACUCUCCAGAGUUUGACGUGCAUAAUUCCAUCAUGGCAUCUCCAGACGGCUCCAUUGACUCCCACUGCUCAGAGAAGAGCGCCAUGUGCUCCGUGUCGUGAACCCUUAGUCACCAUGGCGAUAUAGGCCACUUACGGCGAAGGCUCAAGCUGUGGCUGUGUAUAAAUAAUGAUAGUUAUACUAUAACUUUCUUGAAAAAAAUGAUGCUUUUAUAUAGUUGUUUCAUUUGUUACAAAACGCUGAAGGCUCGGGUAACAUUUAACCAUGGACAUUGUUUUGUUGCAGAGAGCUGUUGUGCCUUAUUUGUCCAAUGUGUCCAUGUUAUGGCAAUCUACAGUAUGUGCGAUUAAAGUAGUCCAGGCUAAUUUGUGAUAACGCCAGAAAUGUUUUAUCUGUAUAAAGGUUAGUCAUAUAUGUUUAAUAAUAUCCUGUUUACCUGACAUAAAAGAGAAUGUAUAUGAUUCCUACAUAUUGAAUAGAGCACAUAUAGUUACUUUGUAACACAUACUACAUGUAUUCUGCCUGUGACUGUUAGCUGCACUGCGUGAGUUCACUCCGCUGUGUUAGCCUUUCUCACGCAUAGCCUACUGCACAACAGAACAGAACAACAUGUCACCACUGUGGAAAUAAAACAAGGUGACAGCAUAGCUA